AUGGUACCGCCGACGCUGGCUGCGCCCCAGCAGCAGCUGGGACAGGUCGUCGUCGCGCCGCAGAUUGCCGCGCCGCUUGUGGCGAUGACCACGCUUGACCCUCGCUUCCAGCCGCUGCCGCUGCAGCCCGGCGAGACUGCAUUUUACCCGAGCGGCGAGAGGAAGCGGGCAAAGCAGGCGAGGAACAUAGCCCGCGCCCUCCCUUAUCGCUCUCAAACUCUCGCGCUCGCGCGCGUGCAUGGCGUGCUGGAGGGCCAAGCUCCGCUGCACGAUGCUCCAGAGGCGGCGCUGCAGUCUUUGCCGCCGCUGCCGCCGCUGCAGCCCAUGCCGCCCUCGGCCGUGGGCCUCGAAGACUUGUGGGGCGGCGCACAGGGUCUUCAGCCCGGCGCCGCCCCCAACUCGCCGACGGUCGGGGCGGGGGCGGGCAUGCCGGCGGUCGCGCCCGUGGCCGCGCCCGACCAGGCGUCGCUGACCGCUGCGCUCUGCUCGUCGUACUCGAUGCACCUGCAGCGGUCGCUCGCCGAUUCGAUGUCCCUCUCGCGGAUGCUCGCUGUGCACGACGGCUGGCGCGGCGGCGGCUCCACCGACCUGAAGGUGCAGGCGGCCGCGAUGAUGUCGGGACAGCUCGCGGGCGCGGCGGCGGGCCAGGCUCUCACGUGGAAAACCUAUAGCAAAAACUGCGAAAAACGCUGUCACGAAAAAGUCACACGUCGCUCCUUUGACGCCGACGUGACUCACCCGUGCAGAGCGCAUCAGGACACGGUCUCGACGCGCUCGCCUCCGGAGGCUGACUUUGAGGCACCAUCAUCGGACGAUGUCGACGAGCUGGGUCGCUCUCGCGGUAGCCAGGUUCAGCGAGAUGGCUUCAGAUGGCGCGCUUUCGGUUUGAGACCAGUGGAGUCCCAAAAAAUGGACACGUGCGGAGUCCCUUACAUUCCAGCCGCGUGGGCGAAUCGGAGAAUCAGUUUUGUUAUUGUUUUGGGUUUCACUGUCUGUCAAGAGUCAUGA